AUGAUAAUGACAAAUAAUAUAUUGAAUAAAGGGUAGAACUAACAGAAUCAAUAAGGGAAGUCUUUAAUAUUUCGUAUUUCUAAAAUGAAACCAUAAUGCUUUGAUAUUUCACCUUGUCGCAAAAUAAUUUGUAUUGGAUAUACAAAUAAAUGUUUAAUUUUUUGGGACUUUAUAAGUGGUUAAAAAUUAAAAUGUCAUUAACUCUCUUUUAUUCCAAUUUAAAUAUUUUACUCUGCAGAUGGUAAAUACCAAUUAAUUAGAUCAAAAUAAAAUCCUAAGAAAAUUUAUAUCUAUCAAUUAAAUAGUAUGGAAUAGGAGGAAAUAAUUUAAUCUACAUAUUUGUGUUAGAAAAUACUUUAAUUUAAUAUCUCUUAAAAUUAAGAAGCUUUAAUAUUGGGAUUAUCUCAUUUUAGCAUUAUUAAUUAUAAAAAUAAGGGGAUAUAAUAAUAAAUAAAUUGUUAAUUUGUUUCUCUAACUACUCUAAAAAAUAAAGAUCAAAUAUGUAGUGUGAAUUGUCAUGAUGAAAUUGCUGAAAUAAAUAUCAUUUUAUUUAAAACUAAUUUUAAGAUUAUAAAAAAAACUUUUUUUAAGGUGCAAAAUGGUAAUAUCAAUAUCUAAACAAGUAAAAAUAAUUCUUUUAUUGUUUCGAGUAAUAAAUCUAAAAAUCGAAUUUGGAAUGUUUAAACAAUGAAAUUGUUAAGAAAAAAAUAUUAUGGAGAAGAUCAUAUAGGAGAACUUUUAAUUAAUUCAAUUUCAAAUUUAGUUUAUUUCCAUCUAAGUUCCUUUGGAAUUGUAGUAUGGAAUAUCAGUACUGGUAGACAUAGAGUGGUAAUAGAAGAUUAAAAAAAUAGACUCUCUUGUCUUCAAGUAAUAUCAAACUGCUAAUUAAUAUAUAAAAGUAAUUGGCAUGUUCAUUCUACAAUUUGUUUUUGA